UAUAAACAAAGUCCACCGACUUGUCAGCCGCGAUAGGCGAGCAAUUAAUUAAAUCAGUGCUAAAGCUAAACAUUUUCCGGAGGUGCUGCGGGUUUUCCUUCACGGUUGCCGGUUGCCAAGGUGCACGGGUGACUUCCAUAGGCGUUGGCAAGCAUUUUCCUCUGCGGAAAAGCUACCCAAUUUCCGCAAAUGAUGGCUUCGGUGCGCAUCCCGGAGCAAAAGAUCAUUCUUUGCGGGGAGUAUGGCGUUGGAAAGAGUUCCAUAUUUCGUCGGUUUGCGACGAACAACUUUGUGACAACCACCGAUAGGAAAUCCACACUCGGUUUGGACCACUUCGGACGGACAUUUAAUGUGGGAGACAAAGAAAUCAAGCUGCAACUGUGGGACACAGGUGGCAUGGAGCGGGUUGCGUCCGUCACUUCUAGCUACUACAAGUUCGCUGAAGCGGCAAUCCUUGUCUUUGCACUGGACAACGAAUCUUCAUUCCACGCGCUCUCACAGCACAUGCUGGAUGUGGUUACUUAUGCGGAGAAUGCCAAAAUUUUUCUAGUAGGCAAUAAGGUAGACCUGGAAUCGAGUAGCACCGAUCCGCCCGUGACCGAUGCCGACAUGGAAUCCUUUUGCGAGCAGUGCCACAGUCUCAUUAGUGCUACGUACAAAACAUCGUGCAAAACGGGUGACGGGCUGGAGGAAAUGUUUCGGGACAUAGCGAAUACACUGGUCGAGUCGAACCGGUCCCGGCUGGAACUGCAGGCACUGGAGAGUCAUGGUUUCAAGAUACAUCCGCCGGAUGAAGUCAACGAUCCGAGCUGCUUGUGCUAGUACACUUUUGUCAUACUUUAAUGUUGUUUGCUUUUCCAUCACGCUGAAUGUUUAAGCGCAAGCUCUUAACAUAUUAACCCAUUUCCUUCUUUGUUGAACAAACGGUUCCUCGUUCAGCUCCUUGGUAGAUCUGCCUCUUUUUGCAUUUCGAAAGCCGUCCGUGUGAAAGCGUUUUGGAUGCUGAUUGUGUGAUACCGGCAUGCUAAGUGCCGGGAUGCAUUCCUCUUGCCAAAAGCAGGACAAUGAGCCUUGAAACCACAAGAAAGUGCCAUCAACGGACCGGUUUACCGGACACCGUUUGCUUGUUGAGAAAGACAUUGAACAAAUGCGAACAGGACAAGAAGAAAAAUCGAUCCCGUGAGCACAGGCCCACGAAGUCUGGUGCGAAGCGUGCACGUUUACGAUUCGUUUUAUCAUGCUAAACCAGAACAAUCACAACACUUAAUUGGAUCAAACCAGAAUGAUGUGAGACACGUAACGAUUUUUAGUGAGUUUAGUUUGAUUGUAGGGUUUCUAACAACCACCCCACACCCAGGGCUAGUGUAGGCUUUUGUUUUACGUCAAUGUACAUGUAUUUAUCAAUCACGACAUCAAUGUUUGGAUAAUUUAUUGAAUUGACUAAAAAACAUACAAAAUCAUUUAAGCGAAUGUAUCGAUCCCCUUCAGCGUAUUCCGAUCGAGGAUCGUAGCUUUUUUGAAUAAACUAUUGGUAACAAGA